CUGUGCAUGUGAGUGGUAGGAGUGGUGCUGAGCUGCUCGGGAGAGACGGGCGGUGUCAGUGAGCAGCAGCAGCGCGCAGAGGCUGCCAUUCCCAGGCCCGGACAUCCUGCAGCUGAUGGCUAAUGGUCCCGCCAAGCUGCCCCUGACAGCCCUUCGCUUCGCCGACUCUUUCCCGUGUUCGGGGUUUCAGCUGCACAGGCAGGGGCAGGAGGAGGAGCUGGGCCAUGACCGUGGAGCAAAAUGUCCUGCAGCAAAACUCCCAGAAGCACCAGCAGACCUCUUUGAACCAGCUAAGGGAGAUCACCGGCAUUAAUGACCUGCAAGUUCUGCAGCAAGCCCUCAAGGACAGUAAUGGAAAUCUGGAGCUAGCAGUUGCGUUCCUCACUGCAAAGAAUGCCAAGCUUCCUCAACCGGAAGAGGCGACGUACUAUCAGACCGCUCUCCCCAACAAUGACAGAUACAUCAGCGUGGGCAGCCAGGCCGAUACCAAUGUUAUUGACUUGACCGGAGAUGAUAAGGAUGACCUCCAGAGAGCGAUUGCAUUGAGUCUAGAGGAGUCCAAUAGGACCUUCAGGGAGACGGGAAUUACAGACGAGGAACAAGCCAUCAGCAGGGUUCUGGAAGCCAGCAUAGCCGAGAACAAGGCAAGUCUGAAGCGGACACAUACAGAAGUAUGGAGCGACUCCCCGAACCCCUAUGACAGAAAGCGGCAGGAAAACUGUCCCGUUGGGUUAAAGAAUGUUGGAAACACGUGUUGGUUCAGCGCUGUCAUCCAGUCUUUGUUCAAUCUGUUGGAGUUCCGCAGGCUGGUGUUGAACUUCAUCCCGCCCGUGACUGCUCAGGAUGUGCCUCGAAAUCAAAAGGAACAUAGGAAUAUGCCUUUUAUGCGUGAGCUGCGGUACCUUUUUUCACUUCUGGUCAGUUCCAAACGGAAAUACGUGGACCCGUCACGGGCCGUGGAGAUCCUUAAAGAUGCUUUUAAGUCCAAUGAUUCCCAGCAGCAAGAUGUGAGCGAAUUCACCCACAAACUGUUAGAUUGGUUGGAAGAUGCUUUCCAGAAUAAGGCGGAAGAGGAGAGAGAUGGAGAAAAGCCAAAGAACCCUAUGGUGGAAUUGUUUUAUGGGCGAUUCUUGGCAGUUGGGGUGCAUGAAGGAAAGAAAUUUGAGAAUACAGAGAUGUUCGGACAGUACCCUCUCCAGGUUAACGGCUUUAAGGAUCUCCACGAGUGCCUGGAAGCUGCCAUGAUAGAAGGCGAGAUCGAGUCGUUACACUCGGAGAACUCGGGCAAAUCAGGACAAGAGCAUUGGUUCACGGAGCUCCCUCCGGUGUUGACGUUUGAGCUGUCCCGGUUUGAGUUUAAUCAGGCUCUGGGAAGGCCAGAGAAAAUCCACAAUAAAUUGGAGUUCCCGGCCUGUUUGUAUAUGGACAGGUACAUGCACAAAAACAGGGAAAUCACCCGACUCAAACGCGAUGAAAUCAAGAGACUGAAGGAGCACCUCACUGUGUUACAGCAGCGGCUCGAACGGUACUUGAGUUAUGGCUCUGGCCCCAAACGCUUCCCGCUGGCAGACGUGUUACAAUAUGCCCUGGAGUUUGCGUCUAGCAAGCCGGUUUGCACUUCCCCGGUGGAUGAUAUUGAUGCAAGUGCGCCACCUAGUGGCUCUGCGGGAACACAACCCAUGUCCAGCUCAACGGAGAGUCAGGGGCCGUCUUCAUCGGCUGAGCCGCAGCCCAGCCAGCGAUCUGUCAUCCACAAACCGUUCACGCAGUCCCGAAUACCCCCAGAUCUUCCUAUGCACCCUGCGCCGAGGCACAUCACCGACGAGGAAUUAUCCGUGUUAGAGGGCUGCUUACACCGAUGGAGAACUGAAGUGGAAACCGAUACAAGAGAUUUGCAGGAUAGUAUCGGUAGAAUACACCGAACCAUAGAGCUUAUGUAUUCUGACAAGCUGAUGACCCAAGUUCCAUACAGGUUGCACGCUGUUCUAGUCCACGAAGGCCAAGCCAACGCAGGACACUACUGGGCUUAUAUUUUUGAUCAUCAUGAAAAGAGAUGGAUGAAAUACAAUGAUAUUUCCGUCACUAAGUCGUCCUGGGAAGAAUUGGAGCGGGAUUCUUUUGGGGGGUACAGGAACGCCAGCGCCUAUUGUUUGAUGUAUAUAAAUGAUGGUGAAAAGCAUCUAAUACAAGAGGAGUAUGACAAGGAGACAGGCCAGGUCCUCACCGGGAUGGACACGCUACCCCAUGAUCUACGGGAAUACGUCAAGGACGAUAACAGACACUUUGAGAAGGAACUUGAAGAAUGGGAUAAGGAGCAGCUCCGGAAGGCAGAGCAAGAGAAGAUGCUUAUUUCUCAGAAAACACUGAAGCCAGCUCCAUCCGCUGCUCCGGCAGCUGCACUGAAAGAGCCGGAAUAUAUGGAGCAGCCAACAAGACCCGAACUUUCAAGUGAAAUUAAAGAAGAAACCGCCAGCGCGAUAACGCGAGCCGUCACAGACUCGGAGGAUAAAGGUCCCGAGGCUGUCCUGCGCACGCCUACUGAUAGCACCUCAGUUCCUCCAGCUCCUAGCCAGCGAGUUGUAGAGGUGGCGAUUCCUCACGUAGGGACUUUUGUUAUUGAGUCAGAGGAGGGGGGUUAUGACGAUGAGGUCAUGAUGACCCCGAAUAUGCAAGGUAUAAUCAUGGCCAUAGGUAAAUCCAGGAAUGUGUAUGACAGGUGUGGGCCCGAAGCGGGGUUCUUUAAGGCAAUCAAAACAGAAUAUGCACGGCUACUGAAAUUGGCACAAGAGGAUCCUCCUCCGGAGAUCGAUUACCGCCUGCAGCAUGCAAUCGUUUACUUCAUCCAGAGCCAAGCACCAAAGAAAAUCAUCGAGAGGACCUUACUGGAGCAGUUCGCUGAUCGCAACCUGAGUUUUGAUGAACGGUGCCACAACAUAAUGAAGGUGGCUCAAGCUAAACUUGAAAUGAUAAAACCCGACGAGGUGAACAUGGAGGAAUACAAGCGAUGGCACAAGGAUUACCGGACCUUCAGAGAGACCACGAUGUACAUCUUGAUAGGCCUGGAGCUCUUUCAGAAUAAGAGUUAUGCCGAAGCCUUGCUCUAUCUCAUUUACGGCUAUCAGUAUAACAAAGAGCUGCUUUCUAAAGGUGUAUACAGAGGCCACGACGAGGACCUGAUAUCACACUACAGGAGGGAGUGUUUCCUGAAAAACAAUGACCAAGCAGCGUUGUUGUUUGAAUCUGGAGAGAUGGAGAAAGUCAACAAUGGUCUGACGUUGAUGAAUGAGCUUGUUGUGCCAUGUUUGCCGUUACUGUUGAUCGAUGAGACCGAUGAGAAGGAUAUCGUUGCUGUAGAAGACAUGAGGAAUCGUUGGUGUUCAUACCUUGGACAAGAAAUGGAACCCAACUUGCAAGAAAAGCUCACCGAUUUUCUGCCAAAAUUGCUCGAUUGUUCAACAGAAAUUAAAGGCUUCAACGAUCCGCCAAAGCUUCUCGCUUUUUCAACCCACGAACUGUGUGAGCGAUUUGCCCGAAUCAUGUUAUCGCUGAGCCGGACGCCGGCCGACGGGAGAUAAAAAUUAGCACCUUCUUACGCACAUUGUAUAGACAUUGGUUUUCAUUUUUUUUUUAUUUUCUUUUAGUUUUAACUCAUGCCUUCCUGUCACAAGGUUUGCUUCGUUGCUGCUAUAGUUUAUUUUUAUUUUAUUUUUUUUUAAACUUUUUUCAUGUUACAGAAUGCUAUUUGUCAUAAUAACUGUACAGACGUUGCUGACAUAUGCAUGGCGUUUAUUAUUUUUUAUUAUUAUUUUUGGCAGAAUCGACGCAACCAAAACAUUUAGGGCAAGACUGCUUGGCUUGCCGCACUUCUGUUGACAGUAUUACCUUUGCUUUUAUCGACAAAAGAAAAAAACAACCUCAUUUUAUCCCCACCUUUUUUAAGCUUGGGUUUUCCUGUAACAGCAGCCAUUUUAAUUACCCGGCGCCAUGUAAAAAUACAUGGUGCCUGGUAGCUUGUAAAUGAAAUUUGAAGAAUAAAGUUUUAUUUAUGGCUACUACUGUUUGCAAAAAAAAAAAAAAAAGGAAAAAUGAAAAAUAAGCUGUACAUUUAUGUAUGAAUAGAUGAAUAUUUUUGAUGAGAUGAUCAACAUCUAAUGGAUGAGUUUGUAAGUAAAAUAAUCAGUUUAUUGAUUCUUAAAUCAAAUAAUGCUGAAGGAUAUUUGUUUCGAUUCCAAAGCAGUUAAUGUUACUUUUUUAUUUUAUUUUAUUUUUUAUUUUAGAAGAUUAGCACAUUAUUUCUGAAAUAAAUUUUGCUCUUUUAAA